UCUGUCUCUUUCUCCGCCUUCGUCUCCAUUUGUGUCUCCAGAGGGAAAAGUGUGAAAAGUUGUCACUGCUCUUAUGUAUACAACUCAUCACCACCGCUUCCGGUAAAAUGUUUCUGGCCAUUAACCAGAGUCUCCACAAUGGCGGCAAAAAGAAGCGAAAGCGAAGGUCCAUUGGUGGCCAGCAGCAACAGGAUGAUCCACAGGAUGAUCCAGCAGAGGGAUCACCACCUCCUCCUGCUCCGCCCCUGGAGUCGAGUGCCUCCAGUGAUCAGUUGGUUAAUGGAGAUUCCACUUCCGGAUCCUCCAUCUGUCAGGUGUGCAAAUGCAGGCAGUCAUCGCUGAUGCUAAUCUACAUCUACCUGGGUGCCCUCACCCUAAUCGUGGCCAGCCUGGCCAUUGUGUGCUAUACCCAAGCCCAGGAUCAGAGCUCCUCAUCGCCAGUGGGUGGUCCCUCCUCCGUCAGAGCGUUUCGAGCUCAGUUUCAGGCGGAGCUAAUGCGUUCGGAGGAUGUUUUAAGGACAGUGGUCAGUCGGAUAUUGGAAAGUGGUCACGAAUUGGAGGAAAGCUCUACGACAACAAGCAGCUCUAUUCCACGCUUGAAUCCCCUCAAGAAUGAGCGCAAGUUUACGGAUAACUUGAUCAGUCAUAUGCCGCAACCCACCGGAAAACGGAUGCGCCGGGAUAUUGCCUCCUCGUCGCCCUCCUCCAUGCAUGCGGAUCCAGUGAUUGAGUUCUUUAAUCCCAAUCAUCGCAAGGUGCUCGAGGAGCAGGAUACUGAGAUUCGCAAGCGAACGGGUCAAAAGGGAGCUGCUCCAGGUGGCGAUGAAUGGAUCUAUCUGAAUACCUAUUGUCGUGUUCCGGAGAAAAUCAUCACGGGUUUCUGCAAGGGCACCCAGGAUUACUGCCCACCGGCUCCGCAAGGUCCCACCGGGGACAUAGGUCCCAAGGGACCUCCAGGUAAUCCCGGUCUGCCCGGCAUCCCGGGUCCCAAAGGCAAUCGAGGUGAUGUCGGUCUACCCGGUGCACCUGGCGUAGAUGGUGUGGGUCAUGCGGGUCUUACGGGACCACGUGGACCCAAAGGUGAUCCAGGAGCAACCGGAAGAGCAGGCUUAGAUGGACGAGAUGGUGUGCCGGGAGAGCCGGGCUUGGAUGGAGUCCCGGGAAGAGCGGGUGCCGAUGGUAAGAAUGGUCUAUCGGGUCGAGAUGGUAAGGAUGGACUCCAUGGCAAGGAUGGCAAAGAUGGUAUGUCCAUAACGGGACCCAAGGGUGCCCAGGGACCACCAGGUGAGAGGGGUCUUAAAGGCAUUGCCGGACCACGCGGUCGUCCUGGCAAGCCGGGAACAAAUGGAACUCCCGGUGUGCCUGGCAUUAAUGCCUGGAAAAUGCAAUUCCCCAAUGGAAGCUCAUCCAAUGAUCUCCUCAUACCACCAUCCAUAACAGAUCUGCAUUCACCGGAAUUCAAUCGCAUUGUGAUUGUGGAAGAGGGACGCUCUUUGAACCUGAGCUGUUCGGCAACGGGGAAUCCCACGCCUCAAGUGGAAUGGCGACGGGAAGAUGGUCGAACAAUAAAUGUGAAUGGCGUGGAGAUGGCCUCCAUUAAUGGCCAGUUCUUAAAGUUCACCAACAUUACUCGUCACCAAAUGGCCGCCUAUACUUGUUAUGCCAACAAUGGCAUUGCUCCGGUGGCCAAUGCCACCUUUAUUGUGGAGGUUCACUUUGCUCCCAUGAUAUCGGUGUAUCGGCAGAUGAUUUAUGCCGAGUACCAAAGCAGUGCCACCUUGGAAUGCCUGGUGGAAGCCUUUCCCGAGGCAAUUCGUUAUUGGGAGCGAGCUUAUGAUGGCAAAAUACUUGAUCCCAGUGAGAAAUAUGGCAUUGAAUCGUAUCCAGAGGGGAACUUCAAGACCUCUAUGCGCUUGACCAUUAGCAAUCUUCGUAAAGAUGACUUUGGUUACUAUCAUUGUGUGGCCAGAAAUGAGCUUAAUGCCACAAUGGUUAACUUUGAAGUAGCACCUCAAGAUCCCAAUAGCGAAACCCCCUAUGUGGGCAAUAGCAUCAAGGUUUAUGGCCAAAGACCGCCGGAGAGUGAGUGCCCCGUUUGUGACCAGUGUCCAGAUCCAAGUCUCUACCAAUGCAAGGAUUCUAUUCUAAACAACUUUGAAAUACAAGCCACAGGCAACCUUAGUUAUCCAGGUCUACCCAAGCGUCCCAAGACCUGCUAUUUGUAUGCGGUGGGAAAACCAGUUUUCCACAAGGUGGUCAAUGAGAAAUUUGGUUCCUGGUUGAGAGAUCCAGCGCCGGAAAGUGAUCGUGAGAAGACUUUUGUGACAAAUGAGAAUGAUCCUUACAAUCUAUUUGAGUUUACCACUCGUAUUCAAUAUCGAAUGAAUAGUGUACCUCGAAGGAAGUACGAAAUAACUGAGGGUUUUCAUGGCAAUGCACAUGUGGUAUUUAAUGGCUCGUUCUAUUACCAUCAAAGGGGAUCAGAUUUGGUGGUCAAGCUGGACUUGACCAGUCUUAAGAAGAUAACCACACAAUUGCCAUAUGCUGGAGUGACUGCUGCUAAUAGACUUUACACCACGGACUAUAACUACAUGGACUUUAAUGUGGAUGAGGUGGGAUUGUGGGUAAUUUAUAGCACUUAUAACUCCAACAAUACUCUGGUGGCCAAGUUGGAUGCAGAUACUCUAAAGAUGCAAUACAACUUCAACAUCACCCUGGAUCAUCGUCAAUUUGGUGAAAUGUUUAUUGUUUGUGGUAAUCUAUAUGCCAUUGAUUCGGGAACGGAUAAAAAUACCCAAAUCCGAUACGUCGUUGACUUGUACAAGGGCAAGUUGCUCAAUACGAAUCUGCCCUUCUCAAAUCCCUUUAGUCAUACCACAACCGUGGGUUACAAUCCCCUGACAGUGGAACUCUACUCUUGGGACAAGGGAAAUGCACUUACAUAUCCCAUACGCUACAAUGAGCAGCGUCUUAUCUCCGAUAAUAGUUAGGAGUAUCCAAUAAAUUGAUCUAAAAGAUCUGGCAAAUGAAGAGAGUCUAAGCUCAAAUCUAUAUCUAGUCUAAGGCACAAUAA